UUCUGAGAAAUGACAAUCAAUGCUCACGUGUAAUCGAUAACAGUGGUUAUGGGUGUGCUGUUGUGUUUUUUGAGACGUGAAGAAAGUAUCGAAGCUGCUCUUUAAACUCGUGUUUAUAGUUUCGGACAGUUUUUAUGGAGAAUGUGGUGUGACCGAUGAUGAAUAAUAACAAUGAAAAACAUGUAAACAUUGACAAAUAAAAUAAUUUACACAAAUUUAAUUGAAUCUUCUGCUACAUGCCUAUCAUACAUUUUCAAAUUAAUUGAUAAAAUCAAUUUUAUUCGAUCCUUAAGAUCAGCAAAUUCAUAAUCAUUACAAGAUAAAUAAAAUAUUGUACGUCAUGCAUACUAAAUAGUAUUUUCACAUGAUUGAUAUCUCUGGCGCAAUAAGUUAAUUGUUGUGGUACUUUUUAUGUAUACAAGACACGAUAUUAAUUAGAAUUCUGAUUAGCACAUUGAUAAAAUAUUAUCUCAAAAUAUGCAAGGAUGUUUCGAAAAUUGUUAUUCUCAUCGCAUCAAACAAUUCGUUAUCAAUUAUCUUUGAAAUUAACGUGAUCAUAAUGUUCGCAACGAAUAUUUAAUGAAUAUUUAAUAAAUUUGACGUCAAAUGCAUUGAAUAUAAAAGAACUUCUGUUAGCUUCCAAAAUAUACAUUUCACAAAAAUGAGCCGGAUUCAAUUGUUCUUCUGCAUUUUUGGCUUUAUAGCCACAACCAUCUUCACCGGUAAGUACUUGUACUCCGAAUUUCGCUAUGCCGGUAUUUCAACACUUGCUUAUAACUUCCGUAGCUGAAGCGUCGUUGUCGGGUGAAGGAAUUGUCGGCGGUUACAAUGCUAAAGAAGGCGAGUUUCCGUACCAAAUUUCUCUGGAUAUGUAUGGCUAUAAUAUCUGUGGUGGUAGCAUCAUUGGUGAACGUCAUAUUGUCACUGCUGCCCAUUGCGUCAUUCUAACCAACGGAACAUUCCGUGAUAUUCCAUUAAAGGUUGUUGCUGGUAUUAUUGAUCUUAAAUCAAGAAGUACGAAGAGAAUCGUUGUCGAUGUUAUCAAAGCAACUGUACCUAAGGAAUAUAUUUCACAGAAACAUAUUCGAAGUAUCGGUGAUAUCGCUGUACUCAAGCUUAGCAAAAACCUGGGACUCGCAAAUAACUCGCACAUUAGCAAAAUCAAUCUACCCCUCACAAACAGUACAUAUGCAGGAGUUAAAGCAGUGAUCAGUGGUUUCGGCCUGAACAAAGUUGAUGUAGCAAUUGAUACUCGAACUGGAAGAUAUAUCGAGAAAAAUGGUGUGCUAUACAAUAAAAUGCGUUACGCUGAAGCUAAUGUUUUGUCACAAGCUGCUUGUCAGAAAUAUUUCUUUGAUCCUAUCAAUACUAAACACAUUUGCGCUGGUCUCGUUCAACGUUACCGCAGCGAUCCUGAAGGCGUCUGUUCUGGUGACAGUGGUGGUCCACUUGUUUAUAAAGAUGUUCUCAUCGGUGUGGUUAGUACCAGUCCAUUGGGAUGUAUCGAGAAUUUACAACCAGCUGUGUACACUAGAGUUAGCAAAUACGUAGAUUUCAUCUAUAAAGCUGUUCAAGACAUAACGGAUAAUACCAUGAAAUCUAGUUAUUUACCAUGGGUAAAUAACUAG